UUAGCGCGGUGAGUUUGAAACAGCUCGCACUUAGCUUCAAAGCUGGCUCUUGGAAGUUAAGGCCAGAGCGACGCCGCCGUGGUAGCCGCCGCCGCUUUCGUCGCGGGAUAAUAAGCCGGGUAGAGUUGCUGAGGAUCUACCAAAUCUGCUGAUUAACUAUGGAAGAUUAUACCAAAAUAGAGAAAAUUGGAGAAGGUACCUAUGGAGUUGUGUAUAAGGGUAGACACAAAACUACAGGUCAAGUAGUAGCCAUGAAGAAAAUCAGACUAGAAAGUGAAGAGGAAGGGGUUCCUAGUACUGCAAUUCGGGAAAUUUCUCUAUUAAAAGAACUUCGUCAUCCAAAUAUAGUCAGUCUUCAAGAUGUGCUUAUGCAGGAUUCCAGGUUAUAUCUCAUUUUUGAAUUCCUUUCCAUGGAUCUUAAGAAAUACUUAGAUUCCAUCCCUCCUGGUCAGUUCAUGGAUUCUUCACUUGUUAAGAGUUAUUUGUACCAAAUCCUACAAGGGAUUGUGUUUUGCCACUCCAGAAGAGUUCUGCACAGAGACUUAAAACCUCAAAAUCUAUUGAUUGAUGACAAAGGAACAAUUAAACUGGCUGAUUUUGGCCUUGCCAGAGCUUUUGGAAUACCUAUUAGAGUAUACACACAUGAGGUGGUAACACUGUGGUACAGAUCUCCAGAAGUAUUGCUGGGGUCAGCUCGCUACUCAACUCCGGUUGACAUUUGGAGUAUAGGCACCAUAUUUGCAGAAUUAGCAACCAAAAAACCACUUUUCCAUGGGGAUUCAGAAAUCGAUCAACUCUUCAGAAUUUUCAGAGCUUUGGGUACUCCCAAUAAUGAAGUGUGGCCAGAAGUGGAAUCUUUACAAGACUAUAAGAAUACAUUUCCCAAGUGGAAACCAGGAAGUCUGGCAUCCCAUGUUAAAAACUUGGAUGAAAAUGGCUUGGAUCUGCUCUCGAAAAUGUUAGUCUAUGAUCCUGCCAAACGAAUUUCUGGCAAAAUGGCACUGAAUCAUCCUUAUUUUAACGAUUUGGACAAUCAGAUUAAGAAGAUGUAGCUUUCUGACAAAGAGUUUCCACGUAUCAAGAACAGAUAGUUAUAUUUUUACUGUUAACUUUGUCUGUUUUUGUUUUGUGUAUUUUUCUUUUCUUUGUUGUAAACUUAAGCUGUACUUCAUCUUCUGAUUUCAAAAGUGUAACUUAAAAAAUGUAAAUAUUGUUCUAUAUGAAUUUAAAUAUAAUAAUUCUGUAUAUGUUUAUAGAUCUCACUGUAACAGCUAUUUGCUACCAUAAUAAAACUAUAAAUCUAGUAUUGAUGUCAGGAAUUGCAAAAAUUUUGAGUUAGAUUAAAUCAGCUCAAACGUUAGAGUCUGAUUUUCCUGUAGUAGGAACCACUAAAAUUUAGGAAAGUGUGCUAAGUUCAAAGUUCAUAAAGCUUUGAAGUGUUCUGAUGCUCUGAAUGUUUGAAUUUUGAGUUUCUUGCCAACUGGUAACUGUUCAGCCUGCCUAAAGAUGAGUUUUUUUCUGCUGGUAUUUCAAUUUGUGACCUAAAUGUUGAAGCAUUCAGAAUGAGAAAACUAUCCGAAUUUGAGAAAUGAUGCUAAAUUUAUAGAGGUUUUUUAGUAACUUAUAAAACUAACAUUAGAGCAUGCCAGAGUUUGCUAAGUUUUAUAGUCCGAGAUGAAGGGCUGCUCACAGCAGGAAAGAACAGUUUAGAAAAUUUAUGAACUAGCCUAUUUUUAGGUAGGUUAUGAAAGCUAUUUGUCUAAGUGGAUUCUUAUGCCUUGGUCAGAGGUAAUAACCAGAAAAAGGAGUUGCUCAUCUUGGCUUUCAAAUCAGACUUCGAAUCUAUUUGCAAAUUUUGACAUAAUUUUGCCUUUUAAUAGCCUUAGAAGGUUCUAAUACACAAGUAUUUAGCUAAAAUCACUAGCUUUAGGAAUUGUUCAAUUAAUAAUGCUGCUUGUUGUGAUUCCUAUCUAUAAGGAACCUAAUUUAAAUCGUUAUAGCCAAGAGAAAUGUCUAUGAGAAGUUUUAUCUUUUUUAGUGUACAUCUGUCUGUCAUCUAACCAUAACCAUCUGUUUUUCUUCCCAAUUGGUUGCAUAUGUAAUGUGUGAUCUACCUAAUCUAUAUUGUCUUGGAGUUUUUGCA